CGAGCAGAAGGGAAAGAGAUGAAAGUGCUGCUCUUCCCAGCACUACUGCUGCUGUUGGGGGCAGUUGGAGCAGCCCAGGCCGCAGAAGAAUCCUGUGCUGGCCGCUGUUUUAGUGGCUUUGAUGGCAACAAAAAAUGCCAGUGUGACAUCCUGUGUGUUCAUUACGAAAGCUGCUGCAUCGACUAUAUGUCUGUCUGCAAACCCAAAGAAACACGAGGUGAUGUGUUUGAGAUUCCAGAAGAUGAAUACAAUUAUGACAAUGACACCAGUGAACCAGACCUCUUAGCUCCAAUGGCUGAAGGGGAAGAGGAAACAGUCUUCACUAAAAUUCCAGAUGACCCAACGGAACCUGCAACAAAUUCAACAGCCGAGGAAGCAAUUGAGCCGGAGAAGGCCGAAGAGUCAGAAGAUGAGCUAUGCAGUGGCAAACCUUUUGAUGCUUUCACUAAUAUAAAAAAUGGUUCCAAUUAUGCCUUUCGAGGCAAAUACUUUUAUGAACUUGAUGACAAGAGGGCACUGGAUGGAUACCCAAAACUUAUCAAGGAUGUAUGGGGCAUAGAGGGUCCUGUUGAUGCUGCAUUCACUCGCAUUAACUGUCAAGGGAAGACCUAUCUCUUCAAAGGGAAGGAGUACUGGCGUUUCUCUGAUGGAGUGCUGGAGUCAGGCUACCCCCGUAGUAUCUCUGAAGGAUUUCACAACAUACCAGACAAUAUAGAUGCAGCAUUUGCCCUUCCAGCAAAUAAUUACAAUGGCAGAGAAAAAGCCUAUUUCUUCAAAGGAAACAGAUAUUGGCAGUAUGAGUUCCAGAAUCAGCCCAGCUGGAGAGAUUGCCAGGACUCAGCCCAGUCUGACCUUUUUAGCUACUAUGUGAGCCUGCAGAAAGAUAGCUGGGAAGAUUUCUUCAGUUUUCUCUUUGGAUCAUCAAUGAAAAGUAGCACUGAAGGACCAUGGUACAUUAACAAAGACUGGAAGGGGGUACCGAAUAAUGUGGAUGCUGUACUGCCUAGCAGAAUAUAUGUCCCAAAGCAAACACGUCGCAGUAGGAGAAGAAAGUCCCGCCGUAGGCCUAGCCGCAGAAAGGCUGUUGGUAUGCGGUCAACAUGGAGUGAUUUUAGCUUUGAUCCCUUGGACGGCUUAUUUGAUUAUGAUGAUGAACAGAGUGAUCCUGACUGGCUACCUCCUGAAAGGCCAUCGCGUUGCCAACCUACUCAGAAUGUCUACUUCUUUAAAAAUGAUAAAUAUUACCGGGUGAAUCUCCGGACAAAGAGAGUGGACUAUGUGUACCCACCUUACCCACGCUCUAUUGCGCAGUACUGGCUAGGUUGCAAGAAGAAUGAGACGCUGGAGAAGUCAAGAAGCUAAAGGUUAAACAAUCACACCAAUCACACAAUAAUAUUCCAAUACCUGUCAUGUCUUUGCUGCAUAAGUUUUAAUUAAAAUAUAUGUGCUUCUUACACAUA